AUUGUUUGUUUAUUAUUAACAAAUAAUCUAACAGCUCAUUGAGAAGCACAUGAUUCCCAAAGAAGCACGUGAUUCAAACGAUUUGAGCUCAUAAAUUAAGUUGUGCAGUUGUGCAGUUGUGCUCCUCUCAAGCUCUUAGUUUUAUUGUAACUUUUUUUUUAUGUAUUUUGCGGGGAUGAAGUUUUUGAGAGAGACAGAAAUUAAAGGGACAGGUGCGGUCAACUUUAAGUAAAGUUGAUAGAUAUUAGAUGAGAAUUUAAUCAAAUCAGUUAAAUUCUAACCGCUCUCAGCUAUCAGCUAUCAGCUCUCAGCUAUCAGCUAUCAGCUCUCAGCUGUUAACUUCACGUGAAGUCGACUUUAUCCGAGUUUCUACCAGAAAUUAAUUCUUACUUUUUGAGGUGAUUCUACUUCUACUACUACUACGACGAAAAUUAUGAGUGAAAACCUGAGAUCUGCAAGUGGCAGCUCGAGCUCAAGUUUGAACAGCAGCUUUCAGGAUACAGAGGAUGAUCAAACCAUUGCUCGUAUCUUGGCAGAAGACGAGAAUUUCAGGGAUGGAAACAAGCUUGGGAAGCGACUUUCUCAUUUAGAUUCCAUUCCGCACACACCUCGUGUUAAUGGAGAGAUUCCUGAUGUAAAUGACGCAACACUAGACCAUGAGAGGUUGUCUGAAAGGUUAGUUACAUAUGGUUUGGCCGAACUGCAGAUGGAGGGUGAUGGGAAUUGCCAGUUUCGAGCUUUAGCAGAUCAGUUGUUCCGUAAUCCCGAGUACCACAAGCAUGUAAGGAGGCAGGUUAUCAAGCAGCUAAAGCAUCACAAAAAGUUGUAUGAAGGUUAUGUACCAAUGAAGUACAAAAGCUACCUGAAGAUGAUGAAAAAAUCAGGAGAAUGGGGAGAUCAUAUUACUCUACAAGCAGCUGCAGACCGGUUCAAUGCCAAAAUCUGUUUAGUCACCUCGUUCAGAGACACUUGCUAUGUCGAGAUCCUUCCUACGGACAAAAACUAUACUAUAGAGCUAUGGCUAAGCUUCUGGAGUGAAGUGCACUACAAUUCACUGUACGCAAGUGGAGAUGUUCCUGCUAGAGCACCUAGGAAGAAAUAUUGGCUCUUCUAGAUUGAUGCCAGGUGCUGACAUCAUGCAUCAACUAACUUUAUAAUAAGUAAUAAAAGGUUUCCAACUUUUGUAUUUUAUACGACAUUUUAAUAUAUGAAUUGCGUACAGAAAAUCAUCAAUUUAAAUCCCCUUUCAGGGAUAAACAACAGUCAAUGCAUGAUGCUAAGCUUGGCUUCCCUCUGUAAAUUUAUUGAAACUUCAUUGUACAGUUUUAUUUUCUACUUUGUAUAGGUUUAUAUUCAUAUCUCUUUUCACUGUUUUAUACCAGUAGCAUUAUUCGGCUAAACUCAGUGAAGUUAUCAAACUUUCUUACA